CAGGGUUGGACUCACAAUUGAGUCCCAGGUUCCAGAUAAGCCACGCGUUGCCCAGAGAUUAUCUGCUAAUCAUGUGUAGAGUGCCCUGCAGAAGUAUUUACUGUUCCAGGACUAGUCAACAACAUCCGAAUGUCCUCUUGCGACGUUCUGUCAUGGGAUCCUCCAAAUGACGGUGGAAGUUGCAUCUCAGAGUACAGAGUUCGAAUCUUCAAUGGUGAAACAUACGGCAGUUCCAAUGAGAGGAGAGUGUUAAUCGUGAGAGGAAGGAAUGUGACAAUGAGUUGGGUCCCUUCACAUGGC